UAAAAAAACACCGGAAUGAAUUUUUCGUACAUGAAAAUAGCAAUUUAUGUAUUAACAUUUAUUACGUACGCAUAUUCCGGUUACGGCUCCAGCACAAUUGCCCACUUAAGAGAUGCUAUUAUUGCCGCAGAGGCCAUAUUUGGAGAUGUGUUCUCGAACUUCAUUACCCUCAGUAAAAAGUUCCGCACCGUCCAUGAGGUGUUUGAUGCUGCUGUAGAGGAAACGUGUGUAUUUAAAUGUCCAGUGGAGGAAGGAGCGCCGGAAAUUCGACCAGUACAAAAUAAGUUGUAUACACCAACAUCCGAUGGUUGUGGUUCACUGGGUCUUAGAAUUAGCACAGAAUAUUUACCCGCCGCUGAAAUGGAAACAUGCUGCAAUGCACACGACAUAUGUUACGACACCUGCAACAGCGACAAAGAAUUGUGUGAUCUAGAUUUUAAACGUUGUCUCUAUCGACAUUGUGAUACCUAUGACAAAUCACUUGCCGCAGAUUUGAUGAUCAAAGGUUGUAAGGCCGCAGCAAAAAUGUUAUUCACUGGGACGAUAACACUCGGUUGCAAAUCCUAUCUGGACUCCCAGAAACGUACCUGCUACUGUCCACCGCCGAAGGUACAGAAAGACGAAAAGUAUUUCAAAGGAAAGAAUAAAAAAUAUGGUUGGAAGAACUCAAACGAGUUUUAG